AUGGAAGUUAUGUAUAGGGAUAUAAAGCCCGAAAAUAUACUUAUAAAUAACUUAGGGCAUAUAAAAUUGAUUGAUUUUGGACUAUCUAAAAAAAUGAAUGCUCAAGAUAAAACUUAUUCAUUUGCAGGUACACCUGAAUAUUUAGCACCUGAAGUCAUUUUAAAUAAAGGGCAUGGAAAAAGUGUAGAUUUAUGGGCUAUAGGUGUACUUUUUUAUGAGAUGAUAAGCGGUAAAACUCCUUUUUGUGAUGACUCUAAAAAUUUCGAGAAAAUUUAGAGAUUUUAUUCUCUUUAUACUUAUUGA